UGGAUACACAUUCCACACCUUGUACUCUUACUUUCCAAGUACUAAAAACUAGAAAGAUUUAAUUAAGCUAUGGGUGUCAAGAAUUUCGUGAGCGAAGUUAAACUUAAGGUUUCUCCAUCUAGGAUUUUUAAGGCUAUGACAACCGAAUCCAACGAUGUCCUCCCGAAGGUCGCACCGGGUGUCUUCAAGGAUACCAAGGUUGUUGAGGGAAGUUCUUAUGGACCUGGUUGCGUCGUUGAGACAACCAUCGUUGGUGGCACCAACUUCAAGUACAAGAUCGACGACAUUGAUGUUGACAAGUGCCUCAUCAAGUAUACAGAGCUCGGAGGAGAGAGAAUCGGCAAUACAUUUGAAAAAGUUUACCAUGAGGUCAUAAGUGAAGCCUCCGGCGAUGGAGGGACCGUGAUAAAGUUCAACAGUAAAUAUUUUGCAAAGGGCGAUGCUGAACCAAAUGAUGAUGACAUUAAAUUGCACGCAGAGAAGUCUUCUGCCAUUUACGGGGCUGUUUCCGAGUAUCUUAUUGCCAAUCCUAACAUUUGUGCAUGAUUAUUAUCACGAUAUCCUUUCUAGUCCACGCUCAAUUGUUGUUGUGUUGUUGUUAUUGUUGUCGCCGAAAAUUUGAACUUAAAACAAGAAAUGAACAAAUAAGUGGACUUUCAUUUCCUUUGUAAUUUGUAAUAUUUGAUAAACUAUAUUUGGAUUGAGUGGUGUGUUUAUUUUUGC